AUGCUAUUGUUUAAAAAGGUGAAUUCAAAAGUAUCAAGUAUAAACAAUUAUUUACAAAAAUAUUUAGAAUCAAAUCAAUUUGAAAAAAAUUUAAAAGAAGCUUUAAAUAAUAAAAACUAUGGUGUAUCGAACAGCCUUUUGUAUGACUUGUCUAUAUCAACAUACGAUGCUACUUACUACAAAAGAGUAAUAAGGGAAGUUUUCAAGGCAAUACAAGAAAAGCCAUCAAAAUGGCGACGAAUAUACAAGGGAUUGCGACUUUGUGAAUAUGUCAUGAAAAAUGGAUGUGAAUAUUUUAUUAGCGAUGUGAAAGAAAAAGAAGAAUUAAUAAAAAAGCUAGCUCAUUUUACAUAUUUAGAAAACUUAAGAGAUAAAGGAAUUGGGAUAAGAGAAAUUUCAAACAAUAUAUUAAAACUUUUAAGAGAUAAUAAAUAUUUAAAAAAUGAAAGAAUUGAAGCAGCAAAAUAUGCAAAUUUAUGUACAAAUAUAGAAUCAAAAGUAGUAGAAAAAAAAAGCUUUUUUUUAAAUAAAAAAAAAAAAAAAGGAAAAAAUCAAGAUGAAAAUAUUAAAAGAAGUUAUUUUAAAUCAGGAAAUAAUAAUAAAUAUGGUCCACAAGCAGAUUCAUUAGAACAAAUAAAAUAUGAAAGAUAUGGACAUGAUGAUGAUUAUUAUUCAAAUAAUUAUACAGGAACAUCACAAUAUAGAAAUAGAAAUUAUAACAGAAAUUCGAGAGAUUAUUCACCAAAAUCAAGUGUUGAUAGUGAAACAGAAAAUAGUAGUGAAAGUAGUAAUGAGAGUAGUAGUAAAAGUAGUAGUAGUGAAAGUAGUAGUGACAAUAGUAGUGAUAAUGAAUCAUCAAAUUAUAAAUCACGUCGAAAUAUAUCAAGAAAAAAAAGUAAAAAACCAAAUAAUUCUUAUUCUAAAAGAUCAAAAUCUCCAAGUGUAUCUUCAAGAUCUAAUUCAAAAGAAUCAGAUAAUAAUUCAUCACCUGAAGAUUCGAGUUCUUCUUCCGAUUCAACAUCUAAAUCACGAUCAUCUUCUUCUUCUAAUGAUUCAUCGAAAAAAUCUUCCGAUUCAGAAGACUCGAGUUAUUAUUCUCGACGCAGACCACGACAAUCAUAUAAAGCCGAUAAAACACGCAGUUGGAAAAGGGAAGUAUCAGAUAGAAUUUGA